AUGGACGCGUCAACGCAGACUGAAGUUGUGCGCAAACACUUCACCCAGCAGACCGACGGAGAAAAGGGGAAGUGGGUGAAUGAAGAUAAGGAGGUGGAGAUAGUGCAGGAGAUAAAGGGAAGGAAGGAUGAGGAUGACAUUUCGAUCAUCGCGGUGUUUCACCCGAUAUCGUCGAUGAAAAAGAGGACGAGAGAUGUGAAGACGCAAACCGCGUCUUCAACAAAAGAGAAAGGGGUCCAAACGGACUGGAUCAUCCACGAGAUCGAGAUCGAGGAGUCACGGAGGCCAAAUCGGGACCUGCUCCUUCGUUUCAUCAGACAGCAAUGGAACCUGAUCGAAGUAAGAGAGGCAUUUAAGGUGCCAGAGAUCCUUUCCCCAAUAAGGGAGUUUGAAGAAGAGGGGGAGGUGUGGAAAACAUGGAAAGCGGGGGAAUUCGUGUGGAGCGAAGACAAAGAAAACACACAAAACAACAACAAUAAUAACAUUGACAAUAACAAGAAUAAAAGAAAGAAGACUGACGACAAUGAGGAAAAACAAAUUAAGAAGACAAAGAGAGAAACAACAAAAGAAGACAAAGAAAACAACACUAACAACGAUGUUAAAAACGGAAAUAAGAGAAAAAGCAACGACAACGAUGACGGACAAACAAAAACAAAGAAGAUAAAAAGAGAAAUAAAACAACAGGACCUUGAAACCCUAAAUGGGACAAAUUGGUUGAACGACGAGGUAAUAAACAAUUACCUCGAGUUAAUCAGCGACGAAAAAACAUAUGCGAUGAGCUCAUUUUUCUUUCCACGGCUCCAUGUAAACGGAUAUAACGCCGUUAAACGUUGGACGAAAAAAAUUAACAUCUUUAAGUACCGUAAAGUGAUUGUCCCUAUUCACUUGGGCAAUCAUUGGUGCCUUGCGGUAAUAGAUAUGCUCUUUGGUGAGAUUUGCUAUUAUGAUAGUUUCAAGGGCAGUCAGCCCGCCUACUUGGCAACACUCCUGGAGUAUUUAGUCCAGGAGGCGAAAGAGAAAAACGAGGUUCCUAUCAAUAAAGAGGAAUGGACCCUUGGGAAUAAAACAAACAUUCCCUGUCAGACGAAUGGGUAUGACUGCGGGGUCUUCACGUGUCAGUUCGCCCGUUAUGAAGCGGCAAAUAGAGCAAUCAAUUUCACACAACAGGACAUGCCACAAAUCAGAGCGAAAAUGGCUCGUGAAUUGCAGGCGGGAUGUCUCGAAGAUUAA